CUUUAGCAUCGUAUACUUCAGAACCUCAACGCACGAAUCGUGCAUUUUCUGAUUAGCCUUACCUUUUUUCCCAAGCUUUGCUUGAUAUCAAAGGGUUUAGGGUUUAACGUAACCAGUAGCAGAGACACAGACCGAACAAUGGCGGCUGACGCUCCUCACAAAUCCAAGAAGCGUAAGAGUGUUUCUGAUGGCAAUUCCGAUGCCGGCAAAACAUUUAGAAAUGACUGGAAGACCAACACAUCGCCUGCGAAAAAGAUGAAGCAUUCAAAAACAGAAGGAAAUGAUUAUAAUAAGCCUGUUAAGAAGGGUAGCACCAAACCUUUGAAGCCAAAGUUUGAGACCAAAUCUUUGAAGCCAAAGUUUGACAAGUCCAAAAAUAAGCACCUUGCCCAUGCCGAGCGUCCUAAAAUCCCCAGCGACAAGACGACCAUGGUGCCAGACGCUAAUGCAACUAAGCAGGACCGUAAAAAAUGGAAGGAGCUCACAGAGAACCGCAAGAGAAAGCGAAAACCUCAUUAUGAUCUUCAGAAAGAACUUGUUGCAUCAUGGGAGAAGAUGAGGCAGAGGAAUAUUGAACUUGAAGAACGUUCCAAGUUGAUAUCAGAGACUCUGAGCAAAAUGAAAGGAAAAAUUCCAGAUAUUGCUGGAUCUCACGUUUCUUCUCGUGUCUUACAGACAUGUGUCAAGUAUUGUCAGCCUGCAGAAAGGGACACUGUGUAUGAGGAACUGCGUCCACAUUUUCUGAAACUGGCAUGCAAUACAUAUGCUGUCCAUCUCGUGACAAAAAUGUUAGAUCAUGCGAAUAAGGAGCAACGGCAAGGAAUGAUAUCUUCUCUUCAUGGGCAUGUUGCAUCUUUUCUUCGCCAUCCAGUUGGAUCUGCUGUUGUAGAACAUGCAUAUAAGUUGGGAAAUGCAACUCAAAAACAAGACCUCCUCUCAGAAAUUUACUCUGCAGAAUUUCGGCUAUUCAAGGGUAUAAUACCAAAGGGCAAAGGCAGAUUAGCUGAUUUUUUAUCUGGUGAACUUCCGUCAAAAAAAAAUGCAGUUUUGGAACACAUGACCUUGGCAUUACAGCCUAUUCUUGAGAAAGGAAUUGUUGAUCACUCUAUUGUUCAUAGAGGUUUGAUGGAAUACAUGAGUAUAGCAGACAAGACAUCUGUGACAGAUGUGAUUCAGCAACUUUCGGGACCACUUCUUGUACGAAUAAUCCAUACAAGAGAUGGUUCAAAGGUUGGAGCUACUUGUGUUAUACAUGGCAAUGCUAAGGAAAGGAAGAGGAUUGUCAAGGGAAUGAAAGGACAUGCUGUAAAGAUUGCUUGUGAUGAAUAUGGCAGUGUGGUUCUAAUGUGCAUUCUGAGUUUUGUUGAUGACACCAGUGUUGUUAAUAAGGUCAUAAUUCGUGCGAUUGAAAAAAAUCUAAAGGAGUUGGCAUUGGAUAAGUACGGGCAGCGUCCACUUCUGCAUCUUCUUUGUCCAAAUGCACGUCGCUACUUUCCUCCUGAUGUUUUGGCGACUCUAAGAUUGACAAUCACUUCUCUUUCAACUAGUACUGAGGAAGAAUUAUCCAAACAUGGGCAUAUUGAAGAUUCUGGACAUCAAACAAGGCCUUCAGAAACAGUUAACCCCAUUCCCAGCAAUGAUGAGAAUGACCAAAGUCAGAAAAUGGAGGACAAAAUCGAAGUGGAUGUAGAAGAGAACAAUAGUUUGGAGAAAACAAGCAGGAAGGAUCCUUACACAAGAAGAUUUGAACUAUUAAUCAAGAGUGGUUUGGCUCAGAAACUUAUAGAAAUGUGUAACCAAAAUGUAGGAGAACUUUUACGAUCUCAGUACGGGAAAGACAUUAUCUUUGAGAUAGCAACUGGUGGUGCUGAAAGUAUUCUAUGGAAGGAAGCUGCUGGUUUUGUGACCUCUUUACACAGAGCUAUAGCAGAUGUGGGUGCUUUGCCUCAAGUAAAUGAUGGAGUGCAAGCUGAUGAGCAUGUAGUAAAUGAUGGAGUGCAAGCUGAUGAGCAUGUGUUCAUACAAUACCAUUCCAGCAGGACAAUACGCAAGUUAAUUAUGGAAUCCCAUGUGCCCGACGGCAUUGAUGCUCCCUCAUUUGCAUCUAUUUUAUGGGAUGUUGCCUUAAAGGGCAAGUGUAAGAUGUGGGCUCAAGGUCACAGUGCAAAGGUUGUUUCUGCUCUCAUGAACAGUGCAGACAGGAAAGUGAGAAAGAAGGCAAAACCUGAGCUUCAGCCACUCAUUGAUGCCGGUAUGCUUAAGGUUCAGAAUGGUAACAUUUAAGAUAAGUAGAGAUUUUGUUACACAUUCUUGAGAGAGAUUUUCAAAAUUCUAGGUUGAAUGGCUACAUUGAGGUUUAUUACCCAUGUGCAUGUUUAGUUAAUUUGUUGUAAAAAUAAAGUUCAUUUCUGGCGGAAAAGGUAUUUAUUCAUUCUUAUUUACUGGGUUGUUUUAUAGACUAUGCUAUAUGUUUAUAAUUAGCAUCCACCAGUGGAUCACAAUUCAAACCCAUGUUUUCAUUUGUAAUGGGAGAUCCUUGACAAAGCAUGGAGCAGUAACUUGCAUGGUGGCAGUGGGUUGUUGAUGUAUAAAUGUUCAUUUUCUAACUAUGCCUUUAAAAAGUUGCCGUCACCUGGGGGAGAGGAUAGCUGAGCAUGUUAACUUUGCACCUCUCAAUAUCCUAUAUGGCAAUUUCAAAAUAUUACCAAUUUUUUACAGCAGCUUUCUUGGUAAGUCCUCUGCUUAUAACCGAGGUUUCAGGUCUACAUCAUCAAAUAUGAUGUCCCAUUAACAUCCUUUUUGUUGAGUUGUUUAAAAAGCCCCCCAAAAAGUUAGACUAGUGGUUGUGCACUUAGUCACAUUUUAUCGGUGUGCUGAUGUGGAAUCACAUGAUUUGUUGUUUUUUAGAUCUAAGGAAUACAGUUCACUCAAUUAUGAGUACUUAUGAUCAACACCAACAGUUUUAAAUUUGCAACUGCUAGUGCAAUAUUAUUAAAAAUAUUGGACACUAAAUCAACAAAUUGCAUCACAACUAUUGGAAUAUGCUCAACGAGUGGAUCCUCUCCUGCAGUGCUUUUUAAUAUAGUCUUAAUUUUAAUUGAAA